CUUUUUGAGUCAGAAAGACAGGCUUAGUGAACAGAACUUCCAGAUGCCUUUGGAGUAACUGCCCUAGGGUACAGGCACUCAGCACUUUAUUUCUUGAAGGGACGGUUAUUCUUUCUGUCUCUUUAGCUUGGCUUAAAGUGAAUCCGCCUUCCUGAGGGGUGGUCCUUUGGCUAGGUGAAGGAUUAGGUCCUUUGGCUAGGUGAAGUUAAUCCAACACACCAAGUUGGAUUAACUCUUAGGUCCUGGGUUGCUUGGAAUGUUAGGUAUCCACCCCGUCACAGGAAUAGCUCUCCCUAACUGGCUUCCACAGAGCUCUGAUCAAAGCUACUGUGAUACCCCCCUCUGAAGGGCUAAUUCUAAAGCUAUUUUGGAGACAGGCUGAAAUUGAGAGAUGGAUAUAAGCCACGUUUACCCUGCAAAUUUAGAUACAGUUCCAAAGCUUUUCACCAAAAGGGACUAACCACAGGGACUGGAGCUCCAGUCCCAGCCACCCUCACGUGUGACUUCCAGGCACUGGGUGGGGCUCGCUUAGAAGAAGAUAAGUAACCACAGUUCCCUUCCGGCAUUCCUGACUACAGAACCAAGGACAUUUCUGGAACUGUUGCUUUCGGGGACAAAGUUUUCUUACAGUUAACCUUUUAAGUUUAUUUUGAAGAUUCCAAGGUCUGGGAAACACGUGACCCGUGCUUUCUUUACAUAAACAGCAAGCCACGCUUUGGUUUUUCAGCAGUCUUUGGACUUCAGCAUGAGUGCGUCUCGGUGGCUGGCUUGUGCCGCGUUUUCUGUCUUCUGUGUCUUAAAAAUCAGCUCUCUGGACACUUUUGUUGCAGCUGUUUACGAGCAUGCCGUGAUCCUGCCUAGCAACACCCUCUUACCCGUGUCUCCCAGUGAGGCACUGGCAUUAAUGAAUCAGAAUCUGGAUCUUCUGGAAGGAGCGAUCGUAUCAGCAGCAAAGCAGGGUGCACACAUUAUUGUGACUCCAGAAGACGGUAUAUAUGGUAUGCGUUUCACCAGGGAUACUAUCUACCCGUACUUGGAGGAUAUCCCAGACCCUCAAGUGAACUGGAUCCCCUGUGAUAAUGCAAACAGAUUUGGCUACACCCCGGUACAGGAAAGACUCAGCUGCUUGGCCAAGAACAAUUCGAUCUAUGUCGUGGCCAACAUGGGAGACAAGAAGCCGUGCAACACUAGUGACCCUCAGUGUCCUCCUGAUGGCCGUUUCCAGUACAACACCAAUGUGGUGUUCGAUUCCCUGGGCAAACUGGUUGCGCGAUACCAUAAGCAAAACCUUUUCAUGGGUGAAGAACAAUUCAAUGCACCUGUGGAACCCGAGUUUGUGACUUUCAACACCCCGUUCGGAAAGUUUGGCAUCUUCACAUGCUUCGACAUACUCUUUCAUGAUCCUGCCAUCACCCUGGUGACAGAGUACCAGGUGGACACUAUACUGUUCCCAACCGCCUGGAUGGAUGUUCUGCCGCAUCUGGCAGCCAUUGAAUUCCACUCAGCUUGGGCUAUGGGAAUGGGGGUCAAUUUCCUUGCAGCCAAUAUACAUCAUCCCUCAAAGAGAAUGACAGGAAGUGGCAUCUAUGCACCGGACUCUCCAAGGGCCUUUCACUAUGACAGGAAAACCCAGGAGGGGAAACUCCUUCUCUCACAGCUGGAUUCCCAUCCACGUCACUCUGUGGUGAACUGGACUUCUUACGCCAGCAGUAUAGAAGCACCCUCAACAGGAAACCAGGAAUUUCAGAGCAUUGCUUUCUUUGAUGAGUUUACCUUUGUGGAGCUCAAAGGAAUCACAGGAAAUUACACCGUCUGCCAGAAUGAUCUCUGCUGUCACCUGAGCUACCAGAUGUCUGAGAAGCGAGCUGAUGAAGUUUAUGCCCUUGGGGCAUUUGAUGGGUUGCACACCGUGGAAGGGCAGUAUUAUCUGCAGAUUUGUACUCUGCUAAAAUGUAAAACCACCAAUUUACGCACUUGUGGUAGUUCAGUGGACACGGCUUCCACCAGGUUUGAAAUGUUCUCCCUCAGUGGCACUUUUGGAACCCAGUAUGUCUUCCCCGAGGUGUUGCUGAGUGAAGUCAAGCUUGCUCCUGGGGAAUUUCAGGUGUCAAGUGAUGGGCGUUUGUUUAGCCUGAAGCCGACAUCUGGACCUGUGUUGACAGUCACUCUGUUUGGGAGGUUGUACGGGAAGGACUGGACUUCGAAUGCUUCCUCAGACCUCAUAACACACUCGCUGAUGAUAAUAAUGCUGAUUGUAACACCUAUUAUACAUUACUUAUGUUAAUAGAAUCUUUACGUUUUCUAUUUUGUUUGCAAUAAUUUAAAAUUGGUGGAUGAAGAAAAGAUCUGUUUGCCAACGAUGGCCUCUGGUGUAAGUAAAUAAAGUGCCUUUUUCUUUAGA